AAAUUAUCAACGAGUGCAGGGUGUUCUUUUGGGUUUUUUUUAUGGGUGUGUGGCUUUUUUGGUAACUUAAUAUGACUAUGGAGAUAACAGUCUUCAUGACGUGACCUGCUGUGAUUAUAAACAGCCACACGCAAUACAAUUUUUAUAGUGAUAUCGAAAGUACAUCACGUGAUCGACGGUCAUAGUGCAUUUUUCUUAAAUGGCUACCCUGUGACAGGGAGGCGGUUGGACGUCGAGAAGGCAAUAUAUACUACCCCAGCAUCAACUACACACAGCAUCACGGUAACGGUACAUUAAAUCGAAUGGCCACCACAAGCGACAACGGCGAAGUUGCUUCAACUGGAUUUGUCAAUGACUGGCAGGCCGGGAAGACCCUUCCACAAUGUAAUCGACACAUGCUUGAGACGGAAGCAUACUGUGACGUCAUUUUCCGAUCUGAAAAUCCAGAUAUAUUAAUCCACGCCCACCGGUACAUCCUCGUCAGCAGGAGUUGUGUGCUACACGCCACUUUGUCUGACAACCUGGCUGUGAAAUCAGAGGUUACAAUACCUGCAGAGAGCAGUGAUGCUUUUACUUUCAAACAGUUUCUUGUAUAUCUGUACACCGACAGCACCGUCAUCGACACAGACAACGCCAGUUCUCUUCUCUACCUCAGCCGGAAGUAUUCUGUCACUAAACUUGAAGACAUGUGUUUAGACUUCUUUAAUACAGAGAAAAUACCAAUGACCAAUACACCAGAAGAACAUAAGACUUCUUCCAAUGUAAACUGGCAAGCAAGGAUGAGUCUCUCUCAAUGUAACAUGCACAUGCUCAAUACCGAAGAUGGAUGUGACGUCACUUUCUUAGUUGGAAGCGAGCACCACGUGAUCAAAGCCCACCGUUACGUGCUCAUCAGUAGAAGCUGCGUAUUCGAUGCCUUGUUGUCUGAUGAUCCGGCGACGUCAUCCGACGUCAGUGUUCCAGACAUGACACCAGACCACUUCCAGCAGUUCUUAAUAUACCUGUACACAGAUGACACGUCACUGGAUUCUGACAACGCCACCGUCUUACUGCAUGCAGCCAGGAAAUACGCCGUCACUCUGUUGGAGGGCAAGUGCCUGCAGUUUCUACAACGAAACCUCAGUGUCGACAAUGCGUGUGGUGUACUUGACAUAGCAUAUCGAUACGAAUAUAAAGAGUUGUUCGAGGCGGCUCUUCUGUUUGUUAAAGGUCAAGGUCAGAGAUGUCUCCAGUCGCAAGGAUUCCUGAUGCUAAGCAAGGAACUCGUGGAUCAGAUAAUCCUCUCCUCUGAUCUCAUCGCUUUCAAUCACGUAGUGUUUCACGCCCUAGAUCGGUGGUCCGAGUUCGAAUGUCAACGUCAGGGAAGGGAGAUAACUAAAAAAUCAAAGAAAGCCGUUCUCGGACGGACCUUAGAGAAAAUGACGUUCAACCUAGAUUCUUCUUUAGUUCAGGAACUGAGGGCUGCGAGAAUGCUUUCUCACGUUCAGGGCGAACAGUAUAGAUGUAGAUCUGAUGGAAGCAAAGCUGACCUGUUCUCGCAGUUCGAGUGUUUAAAUAUUCUAGAAAAUACCUCUUCUGAAAGUCAGAUGAUCGACAAAGCGCCUAAGAAGACAGAAGACGUGUUAACGCCAUGUUAUCAAACGUCAGAUAGACGGUAUAAAACAACCCGUUACUGCUACACCUACUAUGGGUUUUCUGAUGCUAUUCUAUUCCGGUGCAAUAAGAAAAUCAGCCUCCAUGGGUUUCAGUUGUAUGGUCCUCUCAGAGGCUCGGCGAACUAUGACGUCAUAACGAACAUCCUCGGCAACAACGACAUAUCCCUCCCCGCGUCCGUGUUGGAUUGCUCCUGCGUCGUGAACGACAACGAGGAGGUGUUUGACGUGAUGUACAAGGCUGCUGUGGCUAUCAAGGCCGGGGUGUGGUACACCCUGGUGGUCAAGAUUCUCGGACCUGACUCUAGAGCUGGUUACGGGGGUAAUAUUCAGGUCCAUUGCCCUGAUGGCGUUGUAUUGGACUUCCGGAACUCGGAGAGAAGUAAAAACGGUACGAGUGUCACCGUUGGUCAAAUACCGGCACUCGUGUACAGCCUCGGAUAGGGUUGUGUGGUUGGCUAAUAUUAAUCGACAGACGAGUAUGUACGGGCGAAAUGAAAGUAUUUCUUUUGGAUCUGAGUGUGGGUGUUGUGAUGUUUUAUGUAUGUGAUCUUAUCUUUUGCCUUCAUGUACACGUAUGUAUUAUGUAAUUUUACAUUUUAAAUGUUUUACUUAGUCUUUUGAUGUCUCAUAGGCCUUUAGGCUGGGUCCCUGAUCCCUGAUCUGUAUAUACAGCACACGAGACAUCUAAGCAAAAUAAUCUUCUUCUUCCUAAACCAGUUUCACAGAGCAGUGUUCCACUUAUACGGCGGUGGUCUGUAAAUAAUCUAAAUCAGACAAUCCAGAGAUUGACCUCGUGAGCAUCUUGGUUGGGUUUUACGCCGCUUUUAGUAAAGUCCCAGCAAAAUCAAGGCGUGGCAGCCAGAAAUGAGCUUGACACACUGUACCCACGUGGAGAAGCGAACUCGGGUCUUUGGCGUGACGAGCGAAAGCUUUAACCAUUAGGUUAACUCAUCGCCCUUUGAUGAGCAUCUAUAUAUUACGCAAUUGAUGAGACGACAUGCAUUGACCAAACGGACGAGUCUUACCACCCACCCCACCCCCAAAACAUAGGUUGUUCAAAACUAACUCAAAUCCGGAUCUUGGCGGGGACCAGUGGAAGGGCUAAUCUUGGGUCACCGGCCCCGUUUCACAAAGCUAUCGUAGCCCUACGACUUUCGUAAGUCUGUGUUACAGAAUAGGAGGUACGACAGUCGUAGCGCUACGAAAGCUUUGUGAGACGGAGACCCGUUUUGCGUAGGGACAUGGCUCUCGUAACCACCACAGUAACCACACGUCAACACAGACUUACGGUAGCCGUAAACGGAGCCCUUGACACCAUUUUUUGAGAAUGGAACACUGAUUCGAGGACCACAUUCUAUGAAACUAAAGACUGAAAGAGGUGUUUCAGGUGUGGUAACACCACACGUGUUAAUGUAACAUUAUAUUUGUGUUGAGAUAUCUAUCUGUGCUACUGAAUAUAAUGUUCCUCGUUAUAUAUUUGAAAUCGCAUUCUAUGUCAUGAUACGUUUCUUUGAAUAAACACUAUUUGAAAGUUUUA